UGAACAACCUGUGCCGCCACUUCCAAUAAGUUAGUAACAUUAGGGCGAUUUUCUGUAGAUGACAUGCGGCUGUCCUCACAGACACUAACACGACCCUUUACCUGAAAAAUCCGUGACGUUUCCUUUGACAGAGAGGCGCCGCGACGCACCGGUGCGCUCUGCGGAGCCGCUCAGCGCGUUGCAUUGCAUUGCUAAGGGAUACCGAGGCGCUCAGGUGCGCGUCUCGAUCUCCGGCGACUGUAGACGAGCAGGAACAGAUCGAGCAGAGACCCGUUUUCCGACGGAUUCUUCCGACGUGUUUCACAGAGAUGGCUGACAUACUGCGGCUGGUGUCAGAGGCGGACAGGCGGACUUUACCGACUCUCUCCCAGCUGUCUGAAAACGAUAUUAACAGUAUCUGGGCCGAUGUAUCCACCUAUAUUGAACGUCAGCUGGUCUUACAGAGGGGGGUCCACCUGGCAGGACUGGGGACUUUCACCUUCUCUCAGCAGAAGGUGGACACAGGAAACAAGUUGACAGUGAUCCAGAGACCCAUCUUUCUCCUGGCCGGGAAACUCGUCCAGUCUCUCGGUUGGAAGCAGGUCAGACCUCUGGCUACAGCAACACAUCUACCAGUGGUGCAGCUGAACUUUGCGGCUGUGUCACGAGAGACUCCGUUCAGUCGGGACGUGGUGGAGGGCUGCGUUAGAGAAACUCUCCUGCUCCUCUUCAGAGCUUUGGCCUCUGAACAGAACGUGUUCCUCACCUUACAGGGAAUCGGACUUCUGUCCUUUAAGAACAACAAGGUGAGGAUGAAGUUCAACAGAGAUUUUAUAAACGCCAUGGAUGGGACUGGCAGGCUGCUCCUAGCCUUUAACAACAGACCUGGCAGCAGCGUGUCUUUAAUGUCGGGUGGACUUUCGAGGCUUCAGAGGCCCCAGACUACUAACCCCAUCACCCUGCCAACUGUCUGCUCUCCUCCGCCGGACAGCAAAGCUGGUGACAAAGGUCUGUGGAGCUUGUCACCAGCUCCAGACCAGAGGAAUGCAGGAGAAGUUCCCCAACAGAGAGAAUAUAAAUCCCAUCAGACUCCGCAGCCUGCCAAGAUGAGAGCUGUCAGCCUGACUGAAGAACCGAAUCCAAAACCCCCAAUGGACGCCGUAGACAAGCCCACCACCUCCAUCUCACCAACAGAGGUCGCUCCCAAACCGAAGGAGCCUCGUGUUACCUGCUCUGGCCAUGCCCAAGCCGGACAGGAGCUGUGCUACCUGUGUAUGCAGCGGGCCCAAAACAAUGUUCCGGUGUACCUGAGGGAACAGCAGCAGGCGGAGGAGAAAGCUCAGGAGAAACUCUUACUGCUUCAAGAACAACUGAGAGACAAGCAGCACAUGGCCGAAGAACAGGCGAAGCUGAAUGAGCAGCGUGAGCAUGCAAAGCAGGUUGCAACGUUCAACCUGCAGAUGUCUGAGAAGAAAGAGAAGACUCACUGCCCUCUCUACCCUACUUCAUUCAUCUUCCCAGCUCGGCCUCUUACUCCUGUCAGGAGGAUUCAGCAGCACCGCUACAUGACCGAGCUUCAGAGUCAGAUAGAGAGCCGGCGGCAACACGAGGUUCGGGACCAGCAGACCCGUCUUCUCAUGGAGCAUCUAGACCAGGUCCAGCUGGUCCAGGAGUUAGCUUUGCAGAAGGCCCAAAAGCUCCAGCAGAAACACGAGAGAACUAAGCACUACAAGAGGGCUCUGGACACCCAGGUGGGAGAUAAGAAGCACACGGACCCUCCAGAGUGCCAGGCUGACAACUGCAGCUUCAACCGCUGUGAGACGGCAGCCAGUAACACCGAGAGCCGAGAGAGGGCGCAGAAGCUCUUCCAGGUAAACUUCGGUGCUGCCACUCAGAGGAAAAAGGAAGAACUUUACAGCCGUCAAGAGCAGCUGGAGAAGGAGAGAGAAAUUCUGAAACAAAGCAAAAUGGAGUUGCUGCUGGAUCGCAUUAAUCGCUUCGAGAAGAGGAGGGACAUCAGUAAGUCACUGGAGGACGAGUGGAGUCGCAGUACGAGGCUCAAGCACCAGCGAGAGGAAGAGGAGAGGCGCUUUCUGAGGUCUGCUGGUCAGCUCCUGGUAGAUAAGCUUGAGGAAUACAGGCGCUGCUGCCAGUGUAAGAGGAGGACCACCAACUGUGGAGAGACCAACAUCUGGAAGGACUCCCACUACCUCUCUGGCUCCCAGUUCAUGAUGUGAUGAGCAGUGGAGCCUUCAGCGGGACUUGAACAUCGAUACCUCACAAACUAAACACGACCUCAACCCUUGUAACCCAUCAUGUGAUGGCAACUAAAGGUUGAAGUUAAGCCUUAUUGAAGCGUACCUGGGUGUUAUGGUGUGCACUGUCCUCUCUUCUUGCUCUUCUAAAUCAGUCUGUGGGGUUCAUGUUUGCUGCUCUUUCACUUUCUCUAGUAUAGUGUUGUUUUUGGUAUUUGUAUGUAGUCACCCACAAUAUAUUCAGUCAAUAAAAUAUCUACACACAUACA